AUGGAUAUAAAGGGUUGGGCAUCAGUAUUAGCAGAGCGCAGCAGCCAAUUAGCAAGGGAGGGCAUGCAUUAUGUAGAGAAAAAAAUAGAGCAGCAGCAGCAGCAGAUCAAGCAGCAAAUACAGCAAACUACAUCAUGGGGAAGUUCCUUAUACCGUAGGGGCCCCUCGGGGGGCCCCCAUGGGGGCCUCCACCAUGGGGGCCUCCCAUCAGAGACUAUUGUACCAGUUGGGGGCCCCUCUAUCGCUACAUAUUAUAUCCAGGCUUCGGAUUGUUGUGGUUUCCCCCCUGCUGAUGCAGCAGAAGUGUUGCAGCAGCAGCAACAGCAGCAGAAGCAGCAACAGCAGCAGCAGCACCAGCUGCAGCAGCAGCUGCAACAGCUAAUCCUUAACCAAUUAAGUAAUAGAGAAAGAAACCAUGAUGAAGGAUUUAAUUGUUUUUUGCUUCCUCCUGGUGUACCUGCAGAAGAAAUCACUGUGGGCCUAUUUAAGACCCUCUUUCUUCGUGCCCUGGGGGCCCCCGAGGGGCCCCCAGGGGCACCCAAUAAGGGGCCCCCCGGGGGCCCCUUUCAUCUAAGGUUUAGGGCUCCCUGCCCUGUAGCUCCCUCUGGUUUUGUAUGGAUCGAUGAACCCCCAGAAGACCAACCAGUACCCACCUGCAGCAGCAGCAGCAGCAGCAGCAGUAGCAGUAGCAGCAGCAGCAGCAGCAGCAGUGGGCAGUGUAUUGUAUGUCAAGCCCUAUUGCUUCCCUCUGGUGUACAGCCAAAGGCAGCAACAGCAGCACAGGCACAUGCUGCUUCUGCUGCUGCUGCUGCUGAGGGGGCUCCUGCUGCUGAUGGCGGAAGCAAAGUGCGGCGAGGAACCUCAAACAGCGAGCAGCAGCAGGAGGAGGACUGGCAGCAGCAGCAGGACUGGCAGCAGCAGCAGCAGGAUUGGCAGCAGCAGGAUUGGCAGCAGCAGCAGCAGAAGCAGCCUGUUGGAGGAAGUGACAGUAUGAAUGACCGUCUCUUUAGUGACUUUGACGGGGCCCCUGGGGGGCCCCCCGACCUCACUAUGAGCGGUGGGGUCCCCUCUGGGGCCCCCCUUGGGGGGGCCUCUGGAGGCCCCUCUGGGGGCCCCUGUGGGGCUGCCAUGGGCACGUUUGAGCCAGUCACAAUCCCCGUGCCUCCAAGAGAAGAGCUCGCGGCUAAUCGUGAAGCAAGGAAGCAACAAAGAAUGAAGGAGAAACUUGAGGAGGUUGAACGGAGGAGGGAACAAGAAGCUAGACAGCAGCAAGAGAAGUUGUCGCUUCCCGAGGAGCUCAAGCAAGAGUUGGAUCGUUGGGCAAAAACAGCUGAUGGCUCCUUUAAGGAUGUUAGGACUCUCCUAAGCACUCUGCACGAGGUUAUAUGGGAAGAUGCAGGAUGGGAGAAAACCUCCAUAAGCAGUUUAAUGCUCCAACCAACACUCAAGCGUCAAUUUAGGUAA